CAUGGCGCUAGAGUGUAACCUGUGAGUGCGUUCCAGAGAGGACCCAGCUGAUUAGAUCGCCUUUUUCUGUAACUUCUACUGGCAGCGAGCUACAUUGGAAGGAUCCUGGGAGACCUUCAAGCCACGCAAUGGAGGCACUGACCUUUGAGGAUGUAGCUGUAAAUUUCACCACAGAGGAGUGGGCUCUGCUGAAUCCAUCCCAAAAGAAGCUCUACAGAGAUGUGAUGUGGGAAACACUUACGAAUAUGACUGCAAUAGGAAGGACCUGGGACAACCAGCAAGUUGAAGAAUAUAAAAAUUGCUCAAGAAAUCUAAGUAAUAAAGAGGUAGCAAUAUGGUAUCAAGACAAACCUUGGACUCAACAUGAAAAAAUAUUCCUUUGGACCCCAGAUGCUGAUGUGAACAUGCAACAAGGUACUUUAAAGCCAGCUGAAAGCCUUGCUUGUCGAAAGCCUCUGAUUGAGCAUUUAUCACUAAAUGUGCCCAUUUUACCUCACAAUGAACUAAAGCCACAUGAGUAUUUGGGAUUUGAUGAAAAGCUGAGUAAAUGUAAUGAACAUGCAAAAACCUGCAGUGAUCUCCAAUCCUUUCAAAAGCAUGCAAGGACAAAGACUGGAGAAACACCCUAUCAACAUGAGCAAUGUGGAAAAGCCUACUCUGAACAUAGUAAAAAAACUCACCCUGGAGAGAAGACCAUAGUAGGUAAGAAAAAUGUGAAAGCCUUCAGGACCCCCGGUGGUAAUCAAAUCCAUGAAAGAAUUCACACUGGGAGGAAACCAUAUGUAUGCAAGCGAUGUGGGAAAACCUUCAGUACACAAAGUUGUUGUAAAACUCAUGAAAGAGUUCACAUGGAGCAGAAACCCUAUGCAUGUAAGCAGUGUGGAAAGGGAUUUGUUGAUAAGUCUGCAUUUUAUAGACAUAGAAGAACCCACACUGGUGAGAAACCAUAUGCAUGUAAGCAAUGUGGGAAAGCAUUCAGCAGAUACAGUUAUUGUAAAAUACAUGAAAGAAGUCACUCUGGAGAAAAACCGUAUGUAUGUGAGCAUUGUGGAAAAGCAUUCACUACACAGAUGUGUUAUAAAAUACAUGAAAGGUAUCACACUGGAGAGAAACCUUAUGCAUGUAAGCAAUGUGGAAAAGCAUUCACCAUACAGAGUAGCUGUAAAAUACAUGAAAGAAUUCACACUGGAGAGAAACCGUAUGCUUGUAAGCAAUGUGGGAAAGCAUUCAGCAGACAUAGUAAUUGUAAAAUACAUGAAAGAAUUCACACUGGGGAGAAACCCUAUGUAUGUAAGCAGUGUGGGAAAGCAUUCAGUGUACACAGUACCUGUCAACGCCAUGAAAGAAUUCACACUGGGGAGAAACCCUAUAUAUGUAAGCAAUGUGGAAAAGCAUUCAGUGUACACAGUUACUGCCAAAGACAUGAAAGAACUCACACUGGGGAGAAACCUUAUGUAUGUAAACAAUGUGGAAAAGCAUUCACUACACACCGUUAUUGUCAGAUACAUGAAAGAAAUCACACUGGGGAGAAACCUUAUGUGUGCAAGCAAUGUGGAAAAGCAUUCACUACAAAGAGUUAUUAUAAAAUACAUGAAAAAAGCCACACAGGGGAGAAACCUUAUGUUUGCAAACAAUGUGGGAAGGGAUUCCCUACACACCAGUAUUGUCAAAUACAUGAAAAAACUCACACUGGGGAGAAACCUUUUGUGUGCAAGGAAUGUGGAAAGGCAUUCACUACACAGAAAUACUGUCAGAUACAUGAAAGAACUCACACUGGAGAGAAACCUUAUGUGUGCAAGGAAUGUGGAAAAUCUUUCACUACAAAGAGUUCUUAUAACAUACAUGAAAAAAGUCACACAGGGGAGAAACCUUAUGUUUGCAAGCAAUGUGGUAAAGCAUUCACUACACACAAAUAUUGUCAAAGGCAUGAAAGAACUCACACAGGUGAGAAGCCCUAUGCAUGUGAACCAUGUGGCAAAAGAUUUGCCAGUAAGUCCUCAUAUUAUAUACAUAGAUCUCACACUGGGGAGGAACCCUUUGUAUAUAAGCAAUAAGGGGAAAGCAUUCAAUGAACACAGUUUUUCUCUAUUCCCCUACCUUCCUUCAAUCCCUCCCGAUUUACAAAUCUUUGUUUCCAUUUUUUUUCUAGCCUUCCCUCCACCCCCACUCCCCUUGUUGAACCGUUUUUAUCAACUACAUGAAAGAAGUCACACUGGGGAGAAACCCUGUAUGUAAGCCUAUUUUGAGAAUCCUGUAAAAAUUUCUCAGAUAGUGGAGACCUGAAUAAAUUAAAUGAAAAUUUUGGUGUUAAUAUUUCUUUAUAAAUUUUUCAGAAAAAACACUCCCAGAUGGAGAUAUCCUAGAAGGUAUUCCCUCUGUGUUUUUCAAUAAAUCACUUGUAAAUAUCUGAAUUAUA